CGGGCUGAGGACUCUCUCGCGAGAACGCUGGGGGAUUCUGCUAGCAAAUGAUGGCACUGAUGAGGGGCAGCUCUCUGUUAUCCUGUUCAGUGAGUGGGAGAUGAUUUAGGAAAUUGUAAACAGCUACAAUUACAUCUGAGGAAAAAUAUAUGAAGCUGAUAACGCUUUUUAGUUUUAAUUUUAUCCUGUUUAUUUCCUGUGCACAGAGCAAAUGAUUUGCAUAGUGGCUUAGGGUUGCAUAGUAUAAAAAAAAGACAACAAACCAAAGGUUGUUGAAGCUAAGCCGUAGUUGCCAUAGUGACAGCACGACUCGUUACACAGUUCAGCAGAAGCUCAGGUGUGACCUGCAACAAGCAGCAGACCUUGACCAAUUGGUUGCUAUGGCUUCCCAAGAGGAGAUUCUAUAUGAAGAUGAAUUGAGGUCUCGUUACGGCCAUCUGGAGAAGAUGACAGAUCUGGUGGCAGUUUGGGAAGUGGCCUUAAGUGACGGCGUUCACAAAAUUGAAUUUGAGCACGGGACGACCUCAGGAAAACGUGUAGUGUAUGUGGAUGGAAAGGAGGCACUAAGGAGGGACUGGAUGUUCAAACUGGUUGGAAAAGAAACUUUUAGUGUUGGAGGAACUGAAACUAAAGCAACCAUCAAUAUUGAUGCAGUUAGUGGCUUUGCCUAUGAAUAUACACUUGAAAUCAAUGGGAAAAGUCUCAAAAAAUACAUGGAAAACAGAUCCAAGACUUCCAAUACAUGGGUAAUAAACCUAGAUGGAGUGGACUGUCGGAUAGUACUAGAGAAAGAUACUAUGGACAUAUGGUGCAAUGGGAAAAAAAUGGAAACUGCGGGAGAAUUUGUUGACGAUGGCACAGAGACCCAUUUUACUAUCGGAGACCAUGAUUGUUAUAUCAAGGCAGUGAGCAGUGGGAAACGAAGGGAGGGCAUAAUCCAUUCUCUAAUCGUGGAUGAGACAGAAAUACCAGAGGCAGCAGAGUGACAUUCACUUAAAUAACUGUGAUUUCACUUUGCAAAUGUGACCAAGCCUGUUGAUUUAAUCCUAGCUCUUAAGACUACCAUGAAAAAAAAAAAUUCCCAAACCGGUCCCAGAAACAGCAGCACUAUCUACAAGUGAACCCAAUGAUUGCACAGUUGAAAUAAUGUUACAUUAUGUGCACAGUAUGCUGCAUACAAUUGAAUGUGAAAAAGAAGCUGCACUAAACCAUUCAUUUUAACUGUUGUGUAACAGGUUAUAUUUCUGAAGAAUAUAAUGUGACAAUGAAAGUGUUCUUGUACUUCACAAAAUACCUUGAAAGAAAUGGAUCGGGCAGCAGUUUUUAAUUCUGCCUUGAGUUAGACAACAAUUCAUGUACAUUUCUUUUUAUUUUUUUUAUUAUACGUCAUUGCAAUACAAAUUGUCUUUAUACGAAAAAUAGCUGAGAUUUAAUGUAUUGUACAAAGAGCCUCUGCUGUUGCCCAACAUUUCUUAAUGUUCUUUUGUAACGGCAUGUCUUGCCAGAUAGCGUAAACCCUGCUAACAUCUAAUUAAAUUACUUGUCAUUUUUUGUAUUUCUACAUUGUAAGGACAAUGUAAAUCAUAUACUUUUCAUAUAUAUAUAUAUAUAUAUAUAUAUAUAUAUAUAUAUAUAUAUAUAUAUAUAUAUAUAUAUAUAUAUUGUAGCGAUCUCGGUUCCCGCAGGCAGGCGCAUCACACUGGGCGAAGAAAUCCACACAGGCGGAGGGCGGACGCGAACCCGGGUCCUCUCGCACUGAAGCAUAGCGCCGAUACUGCUGUACAAAAGAGCCAGCUCCUUUGCAAGGAGCGUAUAUCGGGCUUAUGUCUCUGUGUGUGAUUAUGUCACCUACCAGCCCUACUGCUGCCUUCCCCCGUGCACGCUACAAUAUAUAUAUAUACACACACACACACUGUACUUUUUCAUGAAAGGUUUUAUUUUUUAUUGAGAACCAACAUAUUGUCACAUGAUAAAAUGUAUAUCAUGAUCUCUCCCUAUUUGUGUCUGAAUUACAAUUUGAAAUGUAACGUUCUCAGAACUAUGAGAGAAUUCCUUGGGUUUAACUAUUGGGAGUUUUAACGACAGGAAACCUAAAAAAAAAAAAAAAGCAGCCUGAUUUGUGAACAAUAAUUGAGUCACUGAAACUGUUUUAUUUUUUUAAAGUUUAAAAUCUGAAAAUGACAGGUAAUGUUGCAGAUAAAUGCAAGUAAGUGUAUUCCUUGCUAAAUCUGUUUAUAGGUUCCAUGACAUUAUACAUUGUACUCUGAUGUUUCCCUAAAGUAUCAGUCCGUAGUUAAAAGACUGUGCUGUUUGUGUUGCGCCUUGUAAUGAGAAUACUAGUGUUAGAGUAACGGCAUUGUGGGGCAAAUGGGAGCCAUGGCAAUAACGCCUUAUAACCUGUUCUGCAGUAUAAAGGGGGAGCACUGUACUUUCAGUUUAGGAUUUACACAGGGGUGCACUAGGCUCACACCUCAGGGUUUUUUUUAAUCAUCAAAUUAAAUACUGUACAUUUUAUAGAAAAGAUUAAUAGGUGUGAACCAUUAUUUUGUUGAAUGUUUGUAGGUAAUGCAAUAUUAUUGCAUUAAUAGUCUUCAACAAAAAAGAAAAAAGUUUUUGAAUGUACUGUAGCAUUGUCUGUGUCUUGACUUUGGAAAUGUUAACUAUAUUACCAUGCAUGGUGCAUGUGUAUUUCUAUCAACUUAUAUCAACAAUAAAUGCACAUUUUAAAAUUAUUUUUAAGUGAACAACAGAAA